CACCCUCUCACCCCCAAUCCAUUUAGCCAAGAAGCAACGAUAAAACAGGCCGUAGGACUCUGGUGGUUGAUCACUUCGGCGUAAAUUUGAGUCUGUCUUGUGAUUUAUUUGUUUGAUAGAUCUUUAUUCUGUGUUAAUUGGUCAUUAAAAAAUGCAUAAUUCUACAAGUCUCAAGGAGUACUCGGACCAAAAAGGCUUUACCCAAAAGUCAGUAGCGAAUGGAAAGAAGUUUCAGAUGGCGGGCUGGAUAUUGGCCUGGUUUUAUUUGACUGCCAUUGUCUGCACCUGGGAUGCGUCUUUUAUCAUGCUGAGGCCGUACAGUUUACCUGGAGGAUCUCUGGCAUUUCUAUGGUACCUAUACAAAUAUUAUGUCCCAGUAGAUCAGAGAUACGGUGACAUUAAGGACGGCUAUGUCUUUGCCCAAAGCUUGUUGAAUUAUGUUGAGGUCCUAAUCAACAUUGUCACAAUAAUAAUGCACUACAAGGCAUCACGGUACACGACCAUCACAGCCUUCACAGUGACUGUCAUGACUUUCUGGAAAACUGUCCUCUACUUCUUGAUGUUCAGCGAGUUCUGUGCAGGGGACACUUACAGGAAAGGUAACACGGCCUUGGAAGAACUCCUUCUGGUUGUCAUCCCCAAUGGAAUAUGGAUUGUAGUUCCUCUGGCCAUCAUGUUCUCAUUGUGGACCAAGCUGAUUCCAGAAAUUCAUGAUUCCUUUGCCCAGAAUGGUUGCCACGGUAACAAACAAGCAGUGGGACCUUCAGAAAGUGUGAGGGAAGCCCAGAAGAAAAUAAAAUAGUGCUACAUUAAACAUUUUCUGUUAAAAUAGUGCUACAUAAACAUUUUCUGUUUGUAAAAGCAAAUAUAUACUGAAUGAAUUGAACUUCUGAAAUUCAAGAUAAUUCAAUAUAAUGGUCUUUCCAAAGAAGACUUAACCCGACUCAAAAAAGUUCCUCAAAAUGACAUUUAAUUCAUUCAAUUACAUUAUGAAAAAUGAUUUUGUUGCCAAUAACAAUGCAUCAAUUAUUUUCUACCCAGUCUGUAGUAAUAUAUUCCUGAAUUAAUGUAUCUAUUGAUCUCAUAUUUACUUGACAGAUAUUUUUGAAAAAACAAUUUGUUGAAGUAAAUCUCAGUAGAUCCUACAUUUUUUUCUCAUAUCAUACUCAAAUACUUACGAAUCAAGCCAAUGAAAUGAAAUGUACAAAAAAACUUACUGUUUUGUUUGUCUAAUUAUGAGGCUCAUUUUUAACAAACACUUUUUUUUUCUACAUGUUGGGCCUCUAAAUUUCAACCAUUUUGUUUUAUUAUCCUAAUCAUCUACACUAUUAUUAUACUUCAGUUUUUGUUUUGUCUUAUAUUAAUGAUAUCAUAGGAUGGAGGAUAUAAAACAGACAAAACUGGACAUUAAAAUAUUUCAUUCCAAAACAAUUUACUUCCAUUACACCGAACAAAAUACUUAUUGAAAGUCAUAAUGGCUAAUAAACAAGUCAGCCCACUUCAAUUUUGUGCCAAAAAUCUAGAAUACUUUGAAAACUUUAAAGUUUUACAGAAUUGAAAGUUAUAUUUUCCAUUCUGUAUGUUUAAAAUGUAAUUCUAGAAGCUGAUUUGAUAAUGCUAACUUACUGUUGCUAAACAGUUGAUUCAAAAUUGCAUAAAACUUAUUAAAAUUUGUUUUACUUGUGUGUUACAACUUUAAUUCAUUGGAUAGCAUUAUUGAACCAUUCAAUAUAAGUUUCUAGUAUUUGUAGAAACAGUCAAGUUGGUGCUAUUCAAUAACAUAACUUGGUUAGUUCGGUAAGCAACGUCCUUCAUUGAGACCAAGUUAAGUGCAUUCUCCAUUAAUAGUACAACUGGAAGAUUCAUGUUUUUAUUUGCAGCAAAUAUUUACUUUCAUUGUUUAUCAAUUGCAUUUUAUAUUAUGACGUAUAUUGUUUUUGAUACUUUUGUUUAUUAACCAAUGAAAUUUAUCAUUGGAGUGAAAUAAAUAAUUUGAAUAAAUAUACUUUUAGUUCUGUUAUGUACUUUAAAAGACAGUUAAAUUUAAUUCACAUUUUCUUUUGAUAUUCUGAAUCACAAAGCCCUUGCUGUGGGAAAGCAGAGGAAACCAUGACUCAUGUUUGAAACAGAUUUCACGAUUUUGAGGAACCUAAACCUUGAAUAGGAGCAAACACAGCGAUUGAAGGAAUUGUAUUCAGGGUUUUACAUGACAAAUGCUUCAUUGCAGAAUCAUAAGAUGGACUCCAUCACAGACUUGUUUAUCACUGACCUGUAAUUCUUUAUGCUGCCAGUUGUUAUUAAAUUAGAAAUACAAGAAGUAAUUCUUUUGCAAAGAAAAAAAAGUUGAGAAUUCUGACAAGUUUAGGGGAUCAUAAUCUGUUUAAAUUGCAUUGCUUUUAAACAUGAAUCUAAAGUGGAUGCAUCAUUCCUGACGGAAAGCUGGACAAUAUUAAUGUCAUGAGUGUCAUGUUAAAUAGGUGUCAAUAGUGUUCAAGUAACAGUGAUCUUGUGAUCUAUGAGGGCAGAUGAUGUGAAACUCAUCUGUUUCGAUGGGUUUGAGUUUUUGGCAUAUCGGCACAAUUUAGGCCAUGUCCUGUUUCUAUGGUACCUACAAGGUAAACAAGGGUGUCAUGUGGCCAGCAUAAUAACCAAACCACCUUUACUUACCAUUUGUAUGUUAGGUACCAUUUAAGAUGAAUAGAAUCCUGGGCAUCUAAAAAAUCCAGAAGUUUAAAACCCAGUCUUCAAGACGAUUUGAAAUAGACACCCCUCAUUUUGGAAGCCAAGCUUUACCACAUGGACAUGUAACCUAAUCUGUCGUCACAUAAAACAUCUAAAGGUGACUCAUGUCUGUUGCUAAUGGUCAACAUGGAUGUCAUGUGGCCAGCAAUGACCAAUACAAUUUACUCUCCCUAAAUAAGUUUAUUUUCCAUUUGAGUAAACUCCUAAAAGGGGGGAGGGGUAAAGCUUUUAAAGGACCUAACACUGAAACUUUAUAUAUAAAUAUAUAUAUAAGAGAUAUAGACUGAAUAAGUAACCAAAAUAUGUAAUAUAGGUAUACAAAUUGACAACAGAAUCUUGCCAUUUAUUGAAAAGCACAUAUUACAAAUAAUCUAUUUAAAAUCUAUUUCAUUUUAUGUUUUCAAGCAUCCACAUGAUACAUUCAAGCAAUUAAUAUUUCAAUAAAAUGUCAUAAGCUUUAUGACUUUGUGUUUACAAGUCUGUUCCCAGUACAAAUUUUUCUCCAGUCUGUCUAUUUCAAGUUGAAUUGUUUAUCCAAUCUUUUUUUUUUUUCUGUAUGUUGAUGUUGAAAGACACAAAUGAAAUAGACUAAAAACUUGCACACAUUUAUACUUAACAUAUUUACUAUAUGUAUAUGUCAUGCUCUUUAACACAAAUAUUUAAAUGU